AUGAUUUCUAACAUUUUGAAAUCAAAGAAGUAACAACUCCUCUAAGAAGGUCAAUAGAAUAUCACACUGGGGAAAUUGGUCAAAUUCUCUCACUAUGAAACAAUUUUCAAAUAUUCUUUCUUUGCGGUUUUAUUUGUUAUUUCUUUGUACAGCUUAGACGUCAUCCAAUUUUAGCAAUUCCUAAAAGAGAAGAACCUCAGAAGAUUCGAUUGGUCUGAACUCAAAUGGCUGGUUAUAGGAUUAAUCCUAAUUCAUAUCACUAAAGAAAUAAACAGAUAUUUGGUUCACGAUUAUGUAUCGAAUUCAUUGGAUAAGAAAUAUGUUGGUUUUGAUAGAUAAUUAAGAGUUCAAAAAAUUGUAAAAUGGAUUUAUGAUACUUUCUACUAUUCAGUAGCCACUAUAUUCGCAUACAUCGUCUUUAGAGAGGAGAAAUGGUUCCCAACCUAAUUGGGUGGCUAAAAUUUCACAGAAACCAUGUAUGAUUUCCCCAAUAUGCCUGAUAAUCCUUGGGUUCCAUUCUAUUACAUGAUUUAAACUUCAAGUCAUGUUCACGCUUUAUUAUUAUUGAUGUUCCAUGGCACAAAGAUUGAAUUAAAGUAUUGGGAAUAUUUACUACAUCAUUUUCUUGCUGUUAGUUUGCUUUACUUCUCAACCAUUUAUAAUUGUGAAAGCAUUGGCAUUGUUGUUUUGGUACUCCACGACAUAAGCGACAUCUUUUUAGCUUACGGAAGAACUUAUGCUGAUAUUGGAAAGAAUAAGAUCCUUGUUUAUGUGAGUUUCUCAGCUAUACAAAUCUCUUGGCUUUACACCAGAGUCUAUGUAUUCCCGAUAAAAAUAUAUGAUAUCAUAGUAAAUCAUCCUGGGUUUUCACUCUACUGGGAAAAUACAAAACACGCUCUAUACAAUCAAGUAGGUUUAAUGGUCGUUUUGUUUGGAAUGCACAUUUAUUGGACCAUUUUCAUGAUUAAAGUCGGAAUUGGAAUCUUCUCAGCUGGUAAAUACAAAAAUGUAUAUGAUAACAGAGAAAAUAAAUUAGAUCACAAAAAGGAAAAUUGAUUAAUAUAUAUAUCAAGUAUUAUGAAAUUCAUAUUUGUAU